UUAAUUAGGGAAAACGAUUGUUACAACUGUUGCCGGGAAAAGGCACCAAAUUUGAAUCCUGAGUUUAGUUCGAACUUUUACUUUGCAAUAAAUAGUCAACUAAGUAUGAAUGUUUUAUAAUCAGUGUUUGAGCCAAAUAAAAAGUUGAAGCAUAAGAAAAUGAAAGAUUUUAUAGCUAAUAACUGCCGUUUGUGUAAAAAAGUAUUUUGCUGCAAAACUUGUCGAGAGAAUCAUGAAAUUGAAGUGCACAAAGUGUUUCCUCAUUGUGAUAUAUGCAUUUUUGGCCAAACCAGAAUCUCAUCUAUGUCUCAAGUGGUUUUAGAACACAUAAAAGCUGCACAUUGGCCGCUUAACUGUUUAGUUUGUAAAAUAUUAUUUGAGUCAAUAAAUGAUCUGUUUCAACAUACUAGAUGUCCCUUAGUUAAUAAUAGCCAAAAAAGUCCUUAUACACCGCAUAAUUCUGGCAUUUCAGAGAAGGCCUGCACGCCAUAUAUUCCAGGAAAGUUGGACUAUGGAAAUAAAGUAAAUAUAUUAACUAAUUUAGCUACUAGCACUCCAAUGCAAAGGGAUCAAGCAAAUAUAGCAUUAGGAAGAAUUCAGGAAGUUAUCAUUACUCCAGUGGAUUGUUCUGUGGAGAAAAACGGAGAUACAGUUGAACAUAAUUCGCUAAGUCUAAAGAGGAAGGUUACUUUUUCCGACACUCCAAUCACAGAAAGUCUCAGCAAAAAAUUAAAAAACUCGUCUGCUUUUGAAGGAAGAGUCAUUUGCACCCAAUUUUUUACUGCAGUUGGACUUUCAGGAGGAAGUGCAUACUUUUCUGCAACUGAAAAUCAAAGUGGGAUUAUGGAAGAAAGCACUAAAGACGAAAAAAGUGCUCUCGUUCUCCAUGAACAGAAGGAAAAAGAAGAAAAAGAAAAACCAUCUGUAAAGCAAGCUAAUAUAAUCAUACAUAAAGAAGAGAAGGUUGUGUGGAUAUCUACAACUGAAGUUUGCAGUAGUUUUGAGGAGGAAAGUUCACUUGACUUUCAUAUAUCAAAUAACCAAUUCUUUACACCAAUGGUUCCAAAGAAAAAAAUAAACAUAGUGGCACCUUCUUCUAUGGUAAAAAAUAAGGAAAUGAAUGUUAGAUUAGAAGGACCAGUGCAAAUAUCAUCGACCCCCAACAACUCUAUUAUACCAAUAAAAUCAGCUCCCACUAUGAGAGAUAUUUUUCAUAAUAGACCAAGCACUUCAAAAGGUGGCUCAGAAAACUGGAACUCUGCUGACGUACAUAGUAACGACAAAUUUGGCUUUACUGAGAGUAAAGAAGAUGAUAUUAGUCUUGACAACUCUAUGCCAGCUAGGCUUUGGUCUUCUGUUACAAAUCUAGUUAAAAAUGUUUUACACGGUCUCUCAACAACUCUCGCUGAUAGUACAUCUUCUACUCCUGGAUCUUUAAAAAGAUUUAUUUCCGACCAGGAUUUGGAUCAGAUGCCCAACGCUAAACGGUACAAAGUAACUGAUGUUCGAUGUAGGAAUACUAUACGAGACAUGACACCUAUCAACAAGUACAUGCAAAGUUACCGUCUACAGAGGUCCAGAGAACUAAAGAUUAAAAUAGCUAAUAGUAUGACUAUUAAAACAUUUGCAGACAAAGCAACACAAACAGAUGAAAGUAUUUUUACCGACGGACAGACUAGUGUAGAGGAUACAUGAUAGCUAGAGUCAUUUGUUAUUAUAAAAAUGUAUGUGAAUGUAGGAUAUAAAUAAACUUAAGUGCAUAGAAAUCGGCCCACUUAAAAAUUUGGUCAUUUUCGAUGUCUCAUAUUUCCUAAACCUGUUAGCCGAUUUAAGUGAUUUCUUGAACCUGUUAUAGCCUAAUUCUAUAACAAUAUCACUGUAAUAAUAUUGUUGCUAAACAGCUAAAUUUUCAUUGUAUACCGAAUACCGGGUGUACCAAUCAAACUGUGUUUUUUUCUUAAAGUUCGCAUCACCCUGUGGAAUAUUCUAGCAAUUAUAAAAUUCUGAAACUAGAACCAAACUAUAGCCUCCGGUUUUCUU